AAUAAGUUUUGAGAUGGGUCUCUCAGCUUCAAACAAUAUCUGAAGGUGAAAUGGGUCUCUCAGCUUCAAAGCGAGUCCAAAACAGUCUCCAAAAUUCGGGUGAAUUCAACUCCGCGUGCGGCGCCGUCUUCGCCGACUGCCUCUCCCUGAGCCAACACGCCUUCGCCGGAGUCAGAGCCUACCAGCUCUCCUCCGCCUCCGAGCGCCUCCACGGCAUCCUGUGCUGCUCCGUCCCCCUCAUCUCUAAGUGGCUCCCGUCCCCUCCCGACCGGACCCAAGUGGAUGGGGCUCUGAAGACCGUUCUCUCCCGCCGCCCCGCUCAGGAAGAGGAGGAGGAGAUAACGCUGGAUGAGGCGGAAUUCAAGGAGUUCGCGGUGGAGCUGUUCGCCGACGCCGUCGUUUCGCGGGCUGUGAUGGAGGUUUUGAAGAGACUGCCGCUGGGUGUGGCUGGAAUUGCGGGUUUCGGAGUGGUUGUGAAGCCCGGAAACGACAUCGUUGUGGCGGCGCUUGGGGCGUACGCGCUAGGGCUCCUAACCUUUAUUUAUCUCGGCUUGGACGGUAGUUAAUUAAUUCAUUAGGAUAUAUUACCCAUCUUGUGAAUUUCAUAUUUUUAUGGAUAAAUAUUUGGUUAUUUACACUAA